AGGCCUCAAGUUUAGAGUCUCUUCAUAGUCCAACUCUUUCCAUACCGAAAAAAAGCUUCCAAAGUUUCGCUGCAGCGAUUUCGAAACUCAGUUUCUACAGUUUUAAAAGUGUGUCAGACGAGAAUGGAAUCCAACAGAGGCAACCAAAAUGGAAUUCAACAACUUUUAGGUGCAGAGCAAGAAGCUCAACACAUUGUCAAUGCUGCCAGGAGUGCAAAACAGGCUAGAUUGAAACAGGCAAAGGAUGAAGCUGAGAAGGAGAUAGCUGAAUUUCGUGCAUUCAUGGAGGCUGAGUUCCAGAGAAAGCUUGAACAGACUAGCGGUGAUUCGGGUGCUAAUGUCAAACGUCUUGAUCAAGAAACGUUUGCAAAGAUCCAACACUUGAAAGCAGAAUCUGAAAGCAUCUCCAACGAUGUUGUCCAGAUGCUUCUGAGGCAGGUAACCACAGUAAAGAACUAAGAUUCAUGAUUACCAGGGUCAAGUUUAUGGUCAUUUUCUGCUGAUUCUUGAUUCUCCCUAAUUCUGGUUUUCCUGCUACACCAGUUUAAUGGUUGUUCUCCAUUUGUGUUGUAUAUUUAUUUAUCACUAUUGGUCAUCUUGGCCCUAGUUGAAUAAAAGUAAUCAUAUACUGAUGCUCUGUGAAGACAAAUUUUGGAUAUUAACUUACCCACACGAUGUGUGUUUACGUUAAACAAAUGAAUGAAAUACGUGUCAUGCAUAAAGUUUUCCUGAAGUGA